AUGUAUAGUAUACGCCAGGAGAAUGGCGACGCGGGGAAUUUGGCCGUCAGCCGCAGUCGUAUUGAUACAAACAAGCAGCAUGUCUGUCCUGUCUGUGGGCAACCCGCCGCCGUGGUGGAGCUGCGAAAGGAGGUUGAUGAUUUACCGCUGAUACCAGAAGAAGUGGAGAAAAUAUUCAUCCCCGCAAUUGUUCACCUUGAGGAUACAGUGAAAGUCUGGAAACUGCAGUACGGAAAUGCAGUAAGACUCCUACGCUACUUGAAGAUCAAAACGAGCGAGUACAACCGGAAAUAUCGAGAGGCCGUGAGGUAUAUGUCCAAAGAGUCGUAUGCCAGAUCUACACAUAAACACAUUUUUUUCAGAACAUUAAAUAAAGCGCAGGAUGAAAUAAUGACCCAAAGGCAUCAAAUGGAGCUCCUGAAGCAGAGCAUCGCAACUGAAUCGCCCACGCGACUCAAAGAAGUUCCCAAAAAUAAUGGUAUUCCUUUAACAGAGCGGAGCCCGACAACAGGGAACUCAAGACCUAACAGUUCGCGAUCACUCGGUACCUCACCAAGCCGCAAUUCAAAACGGGCAAUCCAGACGCCAAAUCCUCCUUCGAGACUUAGUUUACGACCGAAUUCCCGAGGGGUCAAUGGACCUGGCAGCAUAAAUGGUGUAAAUCAUUUCCAAGAUGUUGCAGCAGUAUCAUUUCAGCCUGAUCCAAUGGACCUUCAGAGCAAUCAAGUAAUGUAUCCUCAUUCGCAUCAACAAAACGAUGCCACGUUCGCAAAUCAGAACCAUUAUCGAACUCCGCUGUACGCCAACCACGACUCAUACAGGGGAAUUGGACCUGGGACAACUGCUGAAGUGGCCACUGGUUACCAUCAGACUCCCUGGACGGGUCACUCUCACUUCAACUCACGUCCAACGAACGGUGCAACAUCACCGCGUACAACUCAAAAUCAGUUUAAUCCGAUCGGACCUGGCAAUAUAGCGCAAACUAGUAAUGCCGGAUACAUGGCGAAUGGCAUUCCGCGCACGCCUGUGAAAAACAGCUCCAGUAUGGGAUCUUUUAAUUCUAGACCACGUACUGCAAUGCGGGUACCUUUUAACCCGCAAGGGCCUGGGUCGAUUAUGUCCAGCAGCAUGACGAGUCCAUUGCUCAACCGAUCUUCCGGCGCAGCGAACGAGUACAUGCAAAAUUCAUUAGGGCUACCGAGCUAUACGACCACGCCAAUAUCAGGUGCCAGUUUUCAUGACGGUCGUACUAUGUUGACACGGAAUAGAAAUGCGUUUCCUCGGGCAGGAGGUUCGGCCUAUAUGUAG